GGCAGAGGUGGUUCAGAUCUGUUACACACAUGCCACUCUUCUAGUGAACGCCUGCUGGACUGCUGCCACAAUAAAACGUUGGAAUGAACCACUUUGUACUGCUAUUGUUGUACACACUGGGGACAUCAGCAGUGCUGGCAGACCCCAACAAAGAGGAAACCAGACCUUCAGAGCAGCCGAGGCUCUCAGCAGAUUCAAAGCCCUCAGAGGAACCCAAUGGCCAAAAAAGUGAGCCUUGCUCAAAGGGAUGCUCCUGUAUCCAAGAUGACUACAGUUUAGAGCUCAACGUCUACUGCAGCACACGUAACUUCACCCAGGUUCCCUCCGACAUCCCUCUAUCCACACGCUCCUUGUGGCUGGAUGGAAACCUGUUUACUACCUUACCAGCGGCUGCUUUCGAAAAGCUGUCCAAUCUGGAGUUCCUGAACCUACAGAGCAGCUUGCUGGUAUCCCUCGAUGGCCAUGUCUUUAGAGGUCUGAAUUCCCUUGCUCACCUGCACCUUGAGAGGAACAAUAUCCGUUCAUUACCUGGCAUAGUCUUUCAGGGCACACCCAACCUUGCAUCUCUCAGUCUCAACAAUAACCAGCUGUCUCGAAUAGAUGACAAGUUGUUCGCAGGACUCAGCCACAUGUGGUUGUUGAACCUCGGAUGGAAUUCACUGUCUGUCCUGCCUGAGAUGGGGUUCCAGGACCUACACGGAUUACGAGAGUUGGUUCUCGCUGGGAAUCGCCUGGCAUAUCUCCAACCACAGCUAUUUCAGGGUCUGUCUGAGCUCAAAGAAUUGGACCUAACAGGAAACUAUCUGAAAGUUAUCAAGGCAAAUGUGUUUCUGAAACUACCAAAGCUGCAGAAGCUUUAUCUGACCCAAAACCAGAUAGUGACCGUGGCACCUAGGGCAUUUGUAGGCAUGAAAUCUUUGAGAUGGUUGGACCUCAGCAGAAAUCGUCUAUCUGUACUUCACGAUGAAACUUUCCUCGGUCUGCACAGUCUACAUGUGCUUCGCCUGUCAAAUAACUCAAUUGGUAGCCUAAGACCCGGGACUUUUCGUGACCUGCAGUAUCUUGAGGAACUCUGUCUUUGCCACAACCAGAUUCGAGCCUUGGGAGUGAGAGUUUUUGAAGGGCUGGGUCAUCUAGAGGUGUUGAACUUGGAGAACAACCGGCUACAAGAGGCACGCAUGGGCACAUUUAUGGGCCUGAAUCACCUUGCUGUGAUAAAACUUACUGGCAGCUGUUUCCACAGCCUACCGGAUCAAGUCUUCAAGGGUCUGUCAAAGCUCCACAGUAUUCAUCUUGAUAGAAGCUGUCUGACAAAAGUCUCAGCCCAAAGUUUCAGCGGUCUAACAGGUCUUCGUCGCCUUUUCCUACAACACAACAACAUCUCUGUGCUUGAGCGUCAGAGUUUUGUGGAACUACAAGGGCUGCAACAGCUUGAUCUAAGGUUCAACCGGUUAACAUCCAUCAGCUCCCACACAUUUUAUGGCCUGAAGAACCUUGAUUACCUGCUGCUG